UCGAGGCAAAAGGUUUGUGUAAAAUCGCUUAUAAGAUUAGAAGAGAAGACAAUUUCGCUUUAGUACGAGUAUAUGAAAUAGUAAAAUCAGUGCAAAAAGUCAGCGAAGAAAGCAAACAAACGUAUUAUUUCUGUGCUGUCUGUGCGUGUGUGCAAUCUCUGAAAGAUGAACUCAAUAUUCUUGCCGAGCUACUCACAACCGGUGUCGACACCGCAGACCAAAUCCGUACAGCUGGCUCAUCAGCUUAUGGACAACGCCGCCAUGGCGGCACAAUUUAGUCGACGCUUCGAACAACUCUUGCGCUCUGAGAAGUUCUAUGAUUGUGUUUUUCACAUUGCCGGCGCCCAAUUGAAGUGUCACAAAUUGAUAUUGUCCACGGCGAGUCCAGUUUUCGAAGCCAUGUUUUAUGGACCGCUACGCGAACAACAACAAGAAAUUGAAAUUUUGGAUAUUAGCGCCGAGACUUUUCAAAUGCUUUUAAAUUACAUAUACGCCGGCGUCAUAGACUUUGAGUCGCUCACGCUGGAGGAUGCUAUCGAGCUAUACUAUUGCGCUGAGAAAUAUUUAAUCACAGAUUUGACCAACAGUUGUCUGGUGGCGAUAGCGCGCAAGUUACGCUACAACAAUAUAUUACCCGCGCUGGAACUUUGUGUCUGCAUGGAUCUGCGCGAUUUGCUAGACGUCUGCAUGUCGUUCUUUACACGCUGCUGCAUCAAUAAUCCACAAUACAUGACCUCACAUAAGAAUCACUAUGUGCAUGUAUCCAAGGAUUGCAUUAAGGCGAUCAUAGCGGCUAAUAAGAGUGAGAAGACCAGUAAACAGCUGUUGUGGUUCGUCUAUGAGUGGUGUCAGCAGGAAUGUCACGAAUUAGGUUUACAACAGGAAGAUUGUGCAUUAAUUAUAAAUGAUCUUCAAUUGCCCGUAAGUGGUGUUGAGUGUGAAGAUCAUGCGCUCGGGUCGUCACAACAACCAAAACAGCAAUGCCAUGCGAUUGAACGCAGCUAUUUCAAGGCAUGUCGUCCUUUUAUUGUCGAUCAGGAUACACACGAAUGGACUUUGUAUGUUAAAUGCGAUCGAUUUAUUGCAUUACGUGGUCUCGUUAUCUGUAGUCGCUUAACGCCGAACAUAUCACCGAUGUCGCAUUAUGCUUUCAACAUACCCAGCGAGUACUGUGAAAAUUUACAAAUUGAGAUCGCAACGCCUGCCAUAAAUGCUAACCAGCAGCAGCAGCUGGAACAGAGUAGCGGCAGCGAUGGUGAGAGUGAUGAAAGUGAUCAAGAGCCAAAUGCGGCGAAUGGCGGUGAGACUGUUCUAUGGCAGCACAAUGUGACAAAACAGCUGACCAGAUACAAUUGUGAUAUGAAUAUCGAGUGGGGCGAUGGUUUGCUGCUAACGCCUGACAUAGAGUACAAAAUUCGAUUGGUGUGGCGUACAGAUGCAUACGGCUCGGAGUAUCCAUGCAGUUUGCAGUCGGAUUUUGUCGAUGGCAUACGUUUUAGGGACGUGCCAGCGCAAACCGGCAGUUUAGUGAAGGGCUUGCGUUUUACAAAUUUAGUUUAAAAAUUGCUCCAGAAAACAUUUGAAUUUUAUUAUUUCAACAAUUUACUAAUUAA